UCUGGAUUAGUUGUAGUUUCCGGGUCACCUUCAAAGGUAGACCCAUGUAGAGCGCAUUGCAGUAGUCCAAGCGGGAGAUAACUAGAGCAUGCACCACUCUGGCAAGACAGUCUGCGGGCAGAUAGGGUCUCAUCCUGCGUACCAGAUGGAGCUGGUUGUAGUUCAGGAGCGUUUGGAUUCCCCGCACCUGGCUUACCUGCACCAGCACUCUGACUCACCUGUGAAUAGGCUGUCUCUGCAAUAUCUGGGCCACAUCCAGUCGCUUGGACAAUUCUGCAAUUUUGCUGUUUACUACUGUGCCCCGAGGGCUCCUGCGUCCCAGCCUUGCUGAUCAAGGUCCACCCAUUAAUUAUAUGAUUACAUCAAGGCAAGCAAGACUUUCCGAGGGAAAGAUACUCCCUUAUCUGACAAGGUGCUUCGAACCUUUCGGACAUGACAUGGGAAUUUAAACACAUGCAGUCUCUUUGGAAAGGCUUGGACACAGCUUAAAUACAGCCUCGCCGAAUCAUCAUUCUCCCGCUUCUGAACAACUUUCCAAAUAUGAGGCUAUUUCUGCUUCUUGUGGCCCUUGUUGGGGCUUCCCAGGGACUGGAAACAUUUGCUGGUGAUCAAGUUCUCCGGCUGGAGCCAAGCGAUGACGAACAGGUCCGCCUUCUGAAACAGCUUCAAGCUCUGGAACCGCUCCAGCUGGAUUUCUGGCGUUUCCCUUCAUAUCCUGGUCGCCCGGCAGAUGUCCAAGUCCCCUUUGCUUGCCUGCAAGAUGUCAAAGCCUUCCUGGAGUCCCAUCAAAUCAAGUACUCCGUCCUGAUUGAGGAUGUCCAGGCUAUUGUGGAUGAAGAAGCGCGAGAGAUGAACCUCAACGAGCGGAGGGAGCGUGGAAGCGACAGUUUCAACUACGCCGCAUAUCACCCCUUGGAAUCCAUUUACAGCGCUAUGGAUGAUAUUGUGGCUGAAUACCCCCAGCUUGUGAGCAAACAUCAGAUUGGGGAGUCUUAUGAAAAACAAUCCCUCUUCGUCCUCAAGUUCAGCACCGGAGGAAGGAGCCGCCCUGCGAUCUGGAUUGAUGCCGGCAUCCACGCGCGAGAAUGGGUCACCCAAGCUACUGCCCUUUGGACUGCGAAGAAGAUUGCCAGUGACUAUGGGAACGAUCCGUCAGUAACUUCCCUGUUAAACACAAUGGAUGUUUUUCUGAUGCCUGUUGCAAAUCCGGAUGGAUAUGUCUUCUCUCAAACCAAAAAUCGUAUGUGGAGGAAGACGCGCUCCAAGAUUCCUGGCAGCUUAUGUUUUGGGGCUGAUCCAAACAGGAACUGGGACGCUGGCUUUGGAGGACCCGGAGCCAGCAACAACCCUUGCUCCGACUCCUACCAUGGCCCCAGCGCCAACUCCGAGGUAGAAGUGAGGUCCGUCGUGGAUUUUGUGAGGAGCCACGGAAACCUCAAGGCUUUCAUCAGCAUCCACAGCUACUCCCAACUCCUGAUGUUCCCCUACGGCUACAAUUGCACCACCGCAAUCAAGGAUUACGAAGAACUGGAUGCGCUAGGAAAAAAGGCGGCCGAUGCCCUUGCUUCUCUCUACGGCACCGUAUAUAAAGUUGGCCCCAUUUGCAACAUUAUCUAUCAAGCCAGUGGGGGCAGCAUCGACUGGACUUACGACCAAGGCAUCAAAUACUCCUUUGGUCUUGAACUCAGAGACACCGGCCGGUACGGAUUCCUCUUGCCCGCCGACCAGAUUAUUCCGACAGCGCAAGAGACCUGGCUGGCUCUGAAAACCAUCAUGGAGCACGUGAGGGACCAUCCAUACUGAGAGGAGGGAUUUUCGAGCCUAGAAGGACAGGGAGAGAAAUCAGCCACACGCUUCCGUUUAAAGAUGAAUAAAGACGUCUUCAA